AUGGAGGAUCAGGGUUCGGAGAGAAGUGAGAGGGUGACAGUGAGGUCAAGGUGGACUCCCAAGCCGGAGCAAAUCCUAAUUCUGGAGUCCAUCUUCAACAGUGGGACCGUCAAUCCCUCCAAGGACGAGACCGUCCGAAUCAGAAAGCUUCUCGAGAAAUUCGGCACCGUCGCCGACGCCAACGUCUUCUACUGGUUCCAGAACCGCCGCUCCAGAUCCCGCCGCCGCCAGCGCCAGCUGCAGCAGCUCGCCGCCGAAGCCGUUCAUCCCCAGGCGAAUGAUCACCAGCUUCAGCCUCAUGGCGGUGCAAGUGCAUGUCCGCCUCCUUAUGAUCACCAUCAUCAGAGUAACCCUGCCUCUGAUUCUGCAGCCAUGGCGGAUUAUAAUGGCGGCUGCUCCUCCUCUUAUCUCGCUUCCCAGGAACCUAUGGAUCAUCAUGCUUUCUUUCUCUCCGCCGAUCAUAAUAUGGGUUUCCCCGAAAUCGAUCACACUACUUCUGAUUUGAGCUUCCUUUCUGGGAGCAUGACGGUGUUUAUCAAUGGGGUUGCCACAGAGAUUCAGAGGGGACCUCUAAACAUGAAAACUAUGUUUGGUGAAGAGGUGAUGUUAGUUCAUUCUUCUGGAGUUCCACUUCCUACCAACGAGUUUGGCUUCUUAAUGCAGGAUUUGCAGGACGGUGAAAGCUACUUUCUGGUCUCAAAGGCAGCGUAGGAAGGAAAAUGAACCGAAGCAGCUACCAGUAGAAGGAAGGCCACCUCACUCUAGAUAUCUUCAAUUUCUCCAAUUUCCUGUCCGAUGCUCCCU